AUACACCAUGCUGUUCUGCAUGGGCGUCCUUUAGCCCUUGGGGAGUGUAAGGUCGGAGACCAGACGCUCGUGAGCCUCUUCAUGUUUGAUCCCACUCAGCACCAGUGGAUCCUGACACCAGUGAACGAGUUAGAAUACGAGUUCGGCAAGAAUCCGUGGUUGCAUAUGCAUCCCAAGGACACAUUUUGGUGUGUUACAAAGGGCGAGCAAACGGUUUCUAGUGCUGACUCGCAAAGAGCGUCGGAGAUUUUGAAUCUUGGAGCGGAUGGAGAAAAACUCUUCUUGAAUGAAACUCUCAAAGUGGUAACUUCGGGCACGAGAUCGUCUAUUACCGGCACAUGGUCACCAAGGCUGUCAAGACGGGGAGUUCUUACUAUUGGAGACGAUGGUUCGUGGAAUAUGAUACCGUUGGGACAAGGUACGCGCUCC